AAACUAUGCCUAUUACUACCGAAACUGACAUACCUACUACCACCGAAACUGACAUACCUACUACCACUGAAAUUGUUAUAGCGACGACUACAGAGACUGAUGUACCUAGUACCACAGAAACUGACAUACCUACUACCACCGAAACUGGCAUACCUACUACCACCGAAACUGACAUACCUACUACCACCGAAACUGACAUACCUACUACCACUGAAAUUGUUAUAGCGACGACUACAGAGACUGAUGUACCUAGUACCACAGAAACUGAUAUCCCAACUACUACAGAACUUGAUAUCCCAACUACUACUGAAACUGAUAUACCCACUACCACAGAAACUGACUUACCUACUACCACUGAAACUGAUAUACCAAUUACAACUGAAACUGAUACACCUUCUACAACAGAAACAGAUAUACCUACUACCACUGAAACAGAUAUACCUACUACCACUGAAACUGACGUCCCUACUACCACUGAAACUGAUGUCCCUACUACCACUGAAACUGAUGUACCUACUACCACUGAAACUGAUAUACCCAAUACCACUGAAACUGAUGUUCCUACUACCACUGAAACUGAUGUCACUGAAACUGAUAUACCCACUACAACUGAAACUGAUAUAUCUAUUACCACUGAAACUGAUGUCCCUACUACCACUGAAACUGAUGUCCCUACUACCAUAGAAACUGAUAUACCAAUUACAACUGAAACUGAUAUACCUUCUACAACUGAAACCGAUAUACCUACUACCACUGAAACUGACGUCCCUACUACCACUGAAACUGAUGUCCCUACUACCACUGAAACUGAUGUCCCUACUACCACUGAAACUGAUAUACCAAUUACAACUGAAACUGAUAUACCUUCUACAACUGAAACCGAUAUACCUACUACCACUGAAACUGACGUCCCUACUACCACUGAAACUGAUGUCCCUACUACCACUGAAACUGAUGUCUCUACUACCACUGAAACGGAUGUACCUACUACCACUGAAACUGAUAUACCAAUUACAACUGAAACUGAUAUACCUUCUACAACUGAAACUGAUAUACCUUCUACAACUGAAACCGAUAUACCUACUACCACUGAAAAUGACGUUCCUACUACCACUGAAACUGAUGUCCCUACUACCACUGAAACUGAUGUCCCUACUACCAUAGAAACUGAUAUACCAAUUACAACUGAAACUGAUAUACCUUCUACAACUGAAACCGAUAUACCUACUACCACUGAAACUGAUGUCCCUACUACUACAGAAACUGAUGUCCCUACUACCACAGAAACUGAUGUCACUGAAACUGAUAUACCCACUACAACUGAAACUGAUAUACCUAUUACCACUGAAACUGAUGUCCCUACUACCACUGAAACUGAUGUCCCUACUACCACAGAAACUGAUGUCCCUACUACCACAGAAACUGAUGUCACUGAAACUGAUAUACCCACUACAACUGAAACUGAUAUACCUAUUACCACUGAAACUGAUGUCCCUACUACUACAGAAACUGAUGUCCCUACUACCACAGAAACUGAUGUCCCUACUACCACUGAAACUGAUGUCCCUACUACCACAGAAAUAAAUACACCAACAACUACAGAAACUGACCCAACUACAACCACAGAAAUAACUACAAAUACCGAAACUGACGCAAUCACAACCACAGAAAUAACUACAAAUACCGAAACUGACGCAACCACAACCACAGAAAUAACUACAAAUACAGAAACAGACACAACUACAGAAAUAACAAUCACAGAAACACCAACUACUACUGAAUCAAGUACUACAACUGUUUCUACAUCAGAAACUGACACAACACCAACAGAUCUACCAACUAUAUCAACGACUGAAACAGAAAUUGACACGACCACGCUGGAAACCACUUUAACAACUACUGACGAUAUAGUUGAAACUACAAUGCCAGAAUCUGAUGGAGAAACCACAACAGUACCACCUGAAGAUGAAGAAGUAGUGGGAUUUUGGACUCCCCUUUCAAUAUCUCUCGUCACUGUGGGCUCACUCGCGGCAGUGGGCUUGGUUGGAUUCGCCAUUUUCAAGCUUAGUUCAACGACUGUCGUUCAAGAAAUACCAACUGUAUUCACUGAGGACGAUGACCAGCUGCCCCAACUCGUUACCAUGCCAAGGUUAAGAAGCAUAGAAGAUGGAAUCAUUUAGGCGGAACUUACCGUUAUAAAUAUUCAAAUCAUAUUUCAUAGUGUGUAAGGUAUUUAUUCUAGAAUACUUAGUUCCAAAAUGUAAAUGUUUCACAUGUAGUUAUAGCUCUUGAAACUAACGAAGGCAAGUGAGUUUUACGUGUACAUGCACAUAACGAUAGUGUAAUGUCUAUCAAAAAGU